CUUUAUGCUAAACUUUGCAUCACAUGCUAUUGACGUCAGCGUCGGCAGAUGCCAGAUCUCGUAAUCCGGAUAAACUUCCAAGGAUAGUGAGCCUUGCUUUGGACAAGUCUACCUUGAUAUGUAAGAAUGAUGUGUGUAUAAUUUUAAGAGAUAGAUACACAUCUGUAUGACACCGGAUUGCAUAGACCUUUUUGUUUUAAAUGCUUAAAUGCACAUGCGCUCGUAGUCUGGCCAUGGCGGGAGCCCGGGUGGCGACGUUGUCGUUGCUGGAUAUUGGCUCGCCUGCAGAGCGGUAGUGCAGAUCAUCUUUAGUAGUGAUAUUUAGCGGAAGUGAGGGCCCCGUAUUUUGGUGUUCUCAAUCGAGAGAACUCCAAGCUAAGGAGCGUAGAUACUCGAGUGAUGGGUGCUGGUCAGUGUCACGUCGGCCCGAGGGGGGCAACGUGCCUAAGGCUUACGUCUGGGUAUUUCUUACCGGUAAUGAUAUUAUUAUCUGGUUUCCACUGGGCAGUUUCUAUGCCACAGCUGUACCCCAUAAGUGGCAGAACCGUCAGAUUGAACGAGUCGGAAAUUAUUCUCUGCCACAAUGAUCGGGAUUAUAUGAAAUUUACUGUGAGGUCUCGCAAGCAAGGAUGCUGGAUAAAUGAAUAUUACGCUGUGAAUGCAAGUCAAUCUUCGGGAAAAAAUCCAGAGUUACAAGACAGCAGUAGGCGGCAGUGGUACGAGAUUAGUCUCUACACCACUGAGAUCAGCUUUUGGAUCAAACUAAACGGCAGAAAAAUGCAUCUUAUACAGCGCAAAUGGAAAGCUGCUAGAACGUGUAAAGAAAAGACUUUUACUCUAACUUUCAGUAGCACUGACACUAUCCUCAGUAGCUAUUCCUCGACACUAGUGGCCGCCCUGGUCAUGGGAACUAAAAAGAGAAACGAAUCUGAACUAAAUAUUGAUACAAUUAUAAGUAAACUUGAUUUCAUAGAAACAUUAUCUGCAAAGGAAAAGAAAUAUAUGAAUACUCAUGUUAGUACACAUACUAGUAGCCCCAAGUUUAUUAGCCACGAUUUCCUGGGAUUUGUUGCACUGUUCAUCCCUCUUUUGGGACUAUUGUGGUGUCUCAAGUUCAUCUGGAACCCAAGGAAGAUAGCGCUGCAGUACGUGAGGAGAGUCAGUAUUGCCCGAGGAAUUCCCUUACCUGAAUCUGAAAGCGGCGUACCGCUUGUCUACACCAAUCAGCAGCGGCAGCAGCAGCAGCAGCAACGAGACCUCCCUCCAGCUUAUAAUGACGUAAAUCAAAGCGCUUCACCGCCUCCAUACUCCGAAGUUGAACGUUUGCAGAGGCUUUUGAGUGAAAUGCGUUCAGAACGAGUGAAUACCGAAGACACUUCUCCGUCACAGGAAGAAAUGAAAGAAAUCAAGAAAUCUGAUCCGCCACAACCGGACUUCAGCCCGACGUUUGUCGAGACUUCAUUAACAACACAACCGAGCUCCAAAACUGAGGAAGGCUCAGCAGAAGACGGCUGCAAGAGUGUAGAGUCACCCCUCCCCGACUCUAACUCUACAAACGAACCUGCAGCAGAUGACAGCGCUUCCUCAGAAGCCCAGUCUGGCACCACAAGUCUCAGAACUGGAUGGACCCGAUUCGAAGACGAGUAGAAUUUUAAUCACUUCGGUUACUCUGAAGGUACACAUCGGCAGGUGACUUCAUGAAGAACAUGGCCACAUGAAAAUAGAAACAGUGCUUGACACAUGGUUUGCUUCACUGUGCCCUACAAGCAGUGACGUGCGCAGAGAUCCCAUUACGGGUUUAUUUAUACACAUUUCUAUGUGUAUCUAAACCAGAUAAUCAAUAACAACUGAAUUACCGAAGCCCUCACAAACUCAAGGAACAAGUUGUAUUAUUGCCUUCAAACCCCUUCUCAACAAUAGUUGUAUUCUUAUGCUUCGAGUUACUCGUAGGAGAAAUAUAUGAUUUGUUCAUUAACAUUUAAAGACCAAUCACUGGUGAAUUAUCAUGUUUUGAAACUUCAAUAAUACCAAAGUCUUUGUGUUAAUUUUUUGGUAACAUUAACGUACAGUAUUUUAAUGUCGCCGGGACUUAUUGAAACGCCAAAUGGGGCAUUCUGAAUAUAGACCUCUCUUAAGUUGAUAUCAUGGAGACCUCUCUUAAGUUGAUAUCAUGGAGACCUCUCUUAAGUUGAUAUCAUGGAGAAUACCUUAUUUUUCAUGUUGAUAACAGUGAAUAUUUGUAUUAUAUCCUCACAUAAGCUCUAUUACUCUGCAUUAGCCUAGUUUUCCUUGCCAAUUUCGCGACUUCAGUGAAUAACAGUUUGUAUAUUAAGUUUAUUCUACAAACACUGACUUUUAUUUUGUCAUUACAUAUGUGAUUGUUUUAAUAGUGUUUAGAGUGUAAGUGGCACUGUGUCCUGAUGUCUGUAACGUGUCAGAGACAUUGUGUCUAAGUCACUUUAGAAAAACACUUGCACUUAAAAUAUUGGAUUACAAUUAAACAUGAUUGUGAUUGAAUUAUAUUAUACCUCUACAUUGUGAUUGGUUAUGUGGCACAGCUGUAGCUAUGUGUACCAUGUAGGUGUAAUCAUUUGUACCGUGCUGCUGUAACUAUGUGAACCAUGCUGCUGCUGUAGUUGUGGGUACCAUGCAGCUGUAGCCGUGUGUUCCAUGUAGCUGUAGCCAUGUGGACCAUGUAGCUGUAGUCAUGUGGACCUGUGUACCACGCAUUUUUAUUCUACUCAAUGUACAUAAUAGUUAAACAGAAGAAAGGUGUUCACAUUAAACAUGGAACUCCUCUGGACAGGUGAUUAAACUGAGGAGAGCCAACAUGGAACAAUACAUAACAUAGUGCAAGUGUUAUGUAUUUUGUUAAUAACAUUAAUCCAUUGCUAUACUAUGUAUACUAUGUAUACUCUGUAAUUACAAAGUCAAUUGAAGGUUGUGCUCUAGAGAAGUGUCUGUAGCCUGAAAGUAGUGUUUUUAUAUUCAGAUUUAUUUUUAAUGAGGAAUGUAGACUUGUAAAAAAUAUGUGAUGUUAACCGUGAUUGGGGAUGAAGCCUAAAAAUCCCCUGUAAAAAGGGGAGAGGAAGCCUAAAAAUCCCUCUAAAAGGGGGGAGGAAGCCUAAAAAUCCCCUCUAAAAGGGGGGAAGAAGGGGAGUGGGGGUGGUGGACCGAAGGCUUACAAAAAUAAGCCUAGUCCUAUCAGCUGUAUAAUUCUAUAUUACACGGUUAUCUUAUCUUGAGAUGAUUUCGGGGCUUUUAGUGUCCCCGCGGCCCGGUCCUCAACCAGGCCUCCACCCCCAGGAAGCAGCCCGUGACAGCUGACUAACUCCCAGGUACCUAUUUUACUGCU